UUAAACCCUCAACCCCACUUUUUGUUAUUCGAAUACCCACUAUAAAUAACCCUCCAAAACUUCCUCAAUUAAUCAUUCAUCACUACCAAAAACCUCUCAAAUUAUUCUUACAAUGCAAAUGGGAAACCUAACUGCAUUCAUUCUUUUCCUAUAUUUUUUCUCUCUCCACCAAUCAUUGGCCGCCGCCGCCGCAACCACGUACAAUGUCUUGGACUUGGGAGCAAAGCCCGACGGCGCAACAGACUCCACCGCCGCCCUGUCCAGAGCAUGGUCAGCAGCUUGCGCAUCCAACAAACCCACCACUAUCUACGUGCCACGUGGCAGAUUCCUGCUCAGGAACGUGCACUUCAGAGGUCCCUGCAGGAACAAGGCCAUCACCGUGAGAAUCGACGGAACCCUCGUAGCUCCGGCGAACUUCAACGCCAUCGGCAAAUCCGGCAACUGGCUGCUCUUCGAGGGGGCCGACGGGGUCUCGGUCCGUGGCGGAACCCUGGAUGCGCAGGGCCCCGCCUUGUGGGAGUGCAAGAAAUCUCGCGGGAAAGAUUGUCCUAGUGGCGCCACGACAUUAGGUAUGACGAAGUCGAAGAAUAUGGAAAUAAUCGGACUGACGUCGUUAAACAGCCAAAUGUUCCACAUUGUGAUAAACGGAUGCGAAAACGUGAAACUGCAAGGGGUUAGGGUUUCGGCGUCGGGAAAUAGUCCCAACACCGACGGAAUUCACGUCCAGCUAUCAACGGGCGUCACAAUUUUGAGUACCAAAAUAAGUACGGGAGACGAUUGCGUCUCGAUAGGCCCAGGCACUAAGAAUCUGUGGAUCGAAAACGUGACUUGUGGGCCCGGUCACGGGAUAAGUAUUGGAAGCCUGGGAAAAGACUAUGAAGAAGCAGGUGUGGAAAAUGUGACAGUUAGAAGUGUAAAUUUCAAGAACACACAAAAUGGGCUAAGGAUAAAAACAUGGGGGAGACCAAGCAAAGGUUUUGUACGUGGUGUUGUUUUCCAGCAUGCACUUAUGACCAAUGUGCAGAACCCUAUUGUCAUUGACCAAAAUUACUGCCCUAAUAACAAUAACUGCCCCGGGCAGGUGUCGGGAGUGAAGAUUAGUGACGUUAGUUACGAAGAUAUUCAAGGCACGUCAGCAACAGAAGUUGCGGUGAAAUUCGAUUGUAGCAAGGCGAAUCCAUGCGAGAGAAUAAGGCUUGAAAAUGUGAAACUAAGUUACAAAAACCGAAGAGCCGAGGCUUCGUGCUCGAAUGCUGCUGGCUCGGUUUCCGGUCUGAUCGAACCCACCAGCUGUUUGUAUUAAUGAGCUGAUUAUUACAACUUGUAAGAGAAGUUAAUUAAUUAAUUAAUUAGUACUAGGAAUUG